AUGGCGUCGAAUAAGUGUAAGCAAUGGACAUACAAAGAGAAAUACGAUAUUGUCAAGUUUGCCGAGAGUCAUCCAGAAUGGAAAAAAGUAGAACUAGCUGCCAAAUUUGAUAUAAAAAAACAAACAUUAUCUGACAUUCUGAGAAAGACAGUUGAGAUCGUUUCUAUUAUUGAAAACCCUGAUAAAGUGGCCAAGGAUGCAGGCGGCAUCAAGCGUGUUCGGAAAGUCAGUUACGAAGAUGUGGAUGUGGCACUUUUAGUGUGGUUCCGCCAAAAGGCAGCCUUGCCGAACAUAAGAAUUGAUACAGAAAUGCUUCGGCUGAAGGCUGAGUAUUUUGCUCACCAGCUUGGACAUGAGGAUACCACCAUAUCUGGGGGCUGGGUCGAUCGUUUCAAGAGAAGAUGGGGCAUUCGAAAGGUGCUUAAGUGUGGGGAAGCCGGUUCUGUGGAUAAAGAUGUUGUUACUGACUGGCAGACAAGGAAGUUAGCCGAUAUCUUGAAGCGUUACAAAGCAGAAGAUAUUUAUAACGCCGAUAAGACUGGUCUGUUUUAUAUGAUGUUACCAGAGAAUGCCCUGGGCUUUACAGGGGAAACAGUUCAUGGGGGUAAGCAGAAAAAGACCAGGAUUACCCUAUUAGUUACCGCCAACAUGGGUGGGUCAGACAAACUUCCGAUGUUCGUUAUCGGUAAGAGUCAGAAGCCACGAGCAUUCAAAGGUUGCAGGCAGAUACCCCUGGAAUAUACCGCAAACAAAAAGGCCUGGAUGACCAGUCAUUUGUUUGAAGAGUGGCUGAAGAAGCUUGAUUCUCGUAUGGUGCGUGGAAACAGGAAAAUCUGCAUGAUUGUGGACAACUGUCUAGCUCAUCCUGACGUUGACCUACAGAACAUCGAGUUGGUUUUUCUGCCGCCGAAUACGACAAGCGUUACCCAGCCCAUGGAUAGCGGGAUCAUCAAGAACCUGAAGUUCUACUAUCGAAGGAUUCUUGCUACAAGGAGGUUGGAGGCAGCAGAAAAGGAUGAACAGUUCAAAUGGGACCUCUUAGAUGCAUUGUUUGCAAUAAAGACCUCAUGGGCCAAUGUCGAGACUAGUACGAUCAUCAAUGUCUACAGGAAGGUGGGCUUUAUCUCUACUUACGAAGAUGAACAACCCCGAGAAGUAGAAAUGGUCGAACCAACUGAUGCCACGGACACUGACCAACAAGAUCGUCGAGAAUUCAGAAAUGUGUGGGACAGGUUGAGGGAAUUUCUUGGAGAAAGGAUGCCAGAAAACAUGGACGAUUACCUCGACAUUGAUGCAGAUGAAAAUGAGGUUUAUGAAGUGAUGACUGACCAAGAGAUCGUGGAGUCUGUCCAGUCCCUGGCUAGUGCCGAUUCUGAUGUUGAGAUAGCUGGCGAUGAAGGGGAUGGUCCAGCUGAUGAGGGAGCCACUGAACCACCUCCACCCCCAUCAGUCAAAGUGACUUCUGAUGCUGUAGACGUCAUUCGGCGUUUCGCUCUCACCAUGCCAGAGUCUUCAGACACAGAUGACGUCUUCAAACUUGCACAGAAAAUGGAGAUUCUGUUAACCAAUGAAGCCCCAAAGCGGCUUAAGCAAAGCUCAAUUUUGGACUUUGUGCAGUCAUAA